AUGCUAGAAUGCAUGGAGAAGGAGAUCGCUUGGCAGGAAAAGAGGGUUGUGUGGGAAGGAGCAUCUACUGCAGAGGGAGGAAGGGAGGCUGAUGGGGAAGAGGACGGCAGAGAUGGCGGCUUAGGGAUAUCAGAGGGACAGCGUGGCCAAUGUACGUACACACGAGUUUGGAUGGCUUCAGAUGUAGCUCCUACCUGCAGAUGCUGCGGGUUGAGAAGAGAAAAUAAUUAA